GUACCGAACACCUGUUCGAUGUCUCCUCCUCUUUCGGCCCCUCUUCGCCGUUUGCUAUCUUCUGCACCAUCUCAUCGUUAGGGGUUUUGUUCGAUUCGGGCCUCUGUCGAUCCAAUCCCGUAAUGGUGGCGGCUGCCCCUUUCCUCAUCCUCCCCCUCCUCCUCCAUCGUGCCUUCUUGUAGUGGCUCGACCCCGCGGUUCCCCUCGCUCCUCCCCUCCUUGGUUGCAUCCCCGCGAUCGAGAGAUGGAGACCCCGUGGAGCUGGCGGGCGCCGCGCGUGUCGGGAGAAUGAGGGGCCGGUGCUGGGCGACCACCGGGAGCGGGGUGAUGGAUCUUGCCUUCGCGGAGAGCCUGGCCGUCGCUUGCGGGUGCCGCCUGCGCUCGGCCUCCGGUCCCUUCUCCGUCGCGUUCGAGGCGUUCUCAUAAGCCUGCCGUCGCGGUCCGAUCGCGCCGCGGCGGCUCUGAUUCUUUCCCAUUGCCUUCUGACCCUGUAUCAUUCUCCACCAAAAGCAUACCUUUUUUUCCAUUUAUUCUUGUAGUUUUUCUUUCUGUUGUUCGAAUGGAACCGAUGGUUUUAAAUGGAUUCCCGAAAGACCUGGGGAUUGGUGGCAAUGGCGGUGGCAUGUUGCAUCCGGACUGCGUCGAGGCCGAUCCUACCGGACGUUAUUUUCGUCACGACGAGGUAUUAGGCAGAGGAGCAUUCAAGACUGUUUAUAAGGGAUUCGAUGAGGUUUAUGGGAUAGAAGUUGCAUGGAAUCAGGUGAAAAUUGAUGAGGUGCUGCAAUCUCCCGACAACCUCGAACGCUUGUAUUCUGAAGUUCAUUUGCUGAAGUCCUUAAAGCAUGUGAAUAUCAUCAAGUUUUGCAACUCAUGGGUUGAUGAACAAAACAAGACCAUUAACAUCAUCACCGAGCUGUUCAAUUCCGGAAGUCUGAGGCAAUAUCGUAAAAAGCAUAAACAUGUUGACUUGAAAGCAAUAAAAAGCUGGGCAAGACAAAUUCUUCGAGGUUUGGAGUACCUCCACAGUCACAAACCUCCUAUUCUUCAUAGAGAUCUGAAAUGUGAUAACAUCUUUGUGAACGGCAAUCAUGGAGAAGUUAAAAUUGGCGACCUUGGGUUGGCUAUUGUCAUGCAACAACCUACAGCUCGAAGUGUUAUUGGUACCCCUGAGUUUAUGGCGCCAGAGCUCUAUGAAGAGGAGUAUAAUGAAUUAGUUGACAUUUAUUCUUUUGGUAUGUGCAUGUUGGAGAUGGUUACACUUGAAUAUCCAUACAGCGAAUGCAAAAAUCCUGCUCAGAUUUAUAAGAAAGUCAUGUCUGGAAUAAAGCCUGCUGCUCUUGCCAAAGUAUCAGAUCCUCAAGUACGUCAGUUUAUAGAGAAAUGUUUGGUUUCUGCUUCAGAGAGGUUGCCUGCCAAGGAGCUCUUGAAAGACCCAUUUCUUCAAAUUAAUAGUGCUAAGGAGCCUCUUCCAGAUCCUGUUCGAUCUUCCAACGAUAUUCUUAAUAUGAUGAAUCCAUCUUCAAGGCCUCUGUCUAUGGACAUUGACUCUGAUUACAGACCACUUCCUAUUAGUACUGGCACCGAGAACAGCAAUCUGACAGCAGUUACACCAGCGUUGGAAUUCCAAAGAACCAAUCGAAAUAAUGAAUUUAGACUGAAAGGAGAGAAAAAUGAUGACAACUCUGUCUCACUAAUUUUGCGUAUUGCUGAUACAUAUGGUCGAGUGAGGAAUAUCCAUUUCCUUUUCUACCUGGACUCAGAUACAGCACUUGCAGUUGCUGCAGAAAUGGUGGAGCAACUAGAUCUAUCCGACUAUGAUGUUGUCUUUAUAGCUGAUUUUAUUGACUUCUUGAUCAUGAGACUUAUACCUGGCUGGAGACCUGCUGAUCAUUGUUCUAGCGACAACAUCAGCUCAUGCAAGGAGUAUGGAGCUUACGAUAACAAUGAACUUUCAUCUGAGUUAUCCCCACAAUCAAGUGCUUAUUUCGAGCUGGGCUAUGACCACGCUGAUCAAUCUCAGAUAAACGUAGGAACCUCAGAAGGGGAAUUUGCGGAAAAUGAUGAUGUUGCAUCAUAUAAGAAGAUGGAUGAGGCAGUUUCACCUAUCGAUAAUAAUUCGAUUUGGAGUGGGGUUAAUGGGGCAGACAAACGUUCUCAACAUUCAGCAACUUCAGUUAUGGUUGUCGGAAGCUCCAAAAGCUUAAGUGGAUAUAAUACUGAUGCCGAUUCUAAAGGAGAUGUUGGUGCUUGUGAUAUUGUUGAGGUACUUUCUCUGAAGGACUCUUCUUUGCUCUCCCUGAAUAAUAAAGAUCAAAAUGAGUUGCGGUCAGAGAUCGAUAUGAUCGAAGCUCAAUAUCAGCGCUGGUUUUUUGAGCUAUCGAGGAUGCGAGAGGAGGCAUUACAGAAUGCUAGAAAGAGAUGGAUCACAAGGAAGAGCAGUGGUUAACUGUACCCUUCUCUUCCUUUUGCAUCCCGAACCAUUCUUUCUUUUUUUCCCAAUUUCGGCAAAUAAUUAUAUGAAAUUUAUCCGUGACUAUCCUCAAGGAAACUUAUUAAGUUCAUUUUCUUAGUAUGUAAGUUUUUAUAGUGUGGUAGCUUAAUUGGGCUCCAGUGACUCAGAAAAUGGAUUUUAUUUUUUCGUUUA